AUGCGAGCAAAGCGUUCUUGGAGUUUCGUGCUCUUUGGCCUUUCGGCCAGAAGUGAAAUCAGUCUCGAGGAACGCAGAAGUUCCAAGGCGAAGGAUGUCCUUCAUCGUGAUCGGGGUCAGCGACGACGGUCGUUAGCCUUGGGUUUCGGUGUUCGGACAGAUGCGCCGAAGAACUUGUGGUCUGACGUGCAACAAGGUAGUCCCAGGAAAGAAGCGCGAUGAAAGUUUUUUUGUAGACGAAAUUAUGCAUUUCUAGCCAGACAAAGUUUUCUUGUCUGGAUACCAGACAGGAUUUCGCAUUUCUUGUCUGAAGUCCAGACAAAAAAAUUGUCUGCUUCCCAGACAACUUUUGCGUACUUCUUGUCUGGCUUUGGACAAGAAUCGCCAAUUCUCGUCUGGACCGAAAAUAAUUUGGACGGAAAACUGCAAUUCUUGUCUAGAGGGCCCACAGACAAGAAAUGCGGGUUUUCUGCGAGGAGGCCCGCUGAGAUGUAG